UUUUCUUUUGUCCCUCUGGCAGUGGCAAAGCCACUCGCAGAAAAACGAAGCAGUAUCGUUUUCAUUUUCCGGCGACUCACUCAGUUUGCUGCUGAGUUAAGUGCUUCCGAGUCAAUCACUCUGGGUCCAUAAUGUCGCCAUCUCGAUUCCCACGCGCCGCCGCUGGAGGCUCCCCCAGCUUCGCCUUUUCCUUCUCCUUCAGAGUUUUGGCCUUCGCCAUUACUGUUGCUCUCUGUCUUUUCUUCACUCUCUCCCUCCUCUUUACUUCCCAUUCCUACUCUCCGGAUCAAUCUCAGUUGGGUUACGAUGCUGGAGCACGCGGGUUCGAGUCUGUCAGGAGAUCCGUACUGGCACUCAAAACGGAUCCCCUCAAGCCUCGCCUGGACCAGAUCCGGAAGCAAGCUGAUGAUCAUCGAUCGUUGGCUCUGGUGUACGCAUCUUAUGCGCGAAAGCUCAAGCUUGAGACCUCAAAGAUCGUUAGGAUAUUUGCUGAUCUCUCUCGCAACUUCUCAGAUCUUAUGAACAAACCCCAAUAUCGGGCUCUCUUCAAUUCUGAUGCUGCGCCUAUUGAUGAAUCAGUGCUACGCCAGUUGGAAAAGGAUGUGAAAGAGCGUAUCAAAGUCACGCGCCAGGUUAUCAGUGAAGCUAAGGAGUCUUUUGAUAACCAGCUCAAGAUUCAAAAGUUGAAGGACACGAUUUUCGCUGUGAAUGAGCAAUUAACCAAGGCAAAGAAGCAGGGGGCUUUCUCUAGCCUGAUUGCUGCCAAAUCAAUUCCUAAGAGCUUGCAUUGUCUGUCAAUGCGGUUGAUGGAGGAGCGGAUUGCAAAUCCUGAGAAGUAUUCUGAUGAGGGAAAGCCACCUGCACCCGAAUUGGAGGAUCCAAACCUUUACCACUAUGCCAUAUUCUCUGAUAAUGUGAUUGCAGCAUCUGUUGUGGUCAAUUCAGCGACCAAGAAUGCAAAGGAACCAUGGAAGCAUGUCUUUCAUGUUGUAACUGAUAAGAUGAAUCUUGGAGCCAUGCAAGUGAUGUUUAAGUUGAAGGAUUAUAAUGGAGCACACAUUGAGGUUAAGGCAGUUGAGGACUACAAAUUCUUGAAUUCCUCGUAUGUACCAGUCCUUAGGCAAUUGGAAUCCGCAAACCUGCAGAGAUUUUACUUCGAGAACAAGCUUGAGAAUGCGACAAAGGACACGACCAAUAUGAAGUUCAGGAAUCCAAAAUAUCUAUCAAUCCUGAACCAUUUGAGGUUUUACUUGCCUGAAAUGUAUCCUAAGCUGCAUAGGAUUCUGUUUUUGGAUGAUGACAUAGUGGUUCAGAAGGACCUGACUGGUCUGUGGAAGAUUGAUAUGGAUGGAAAAGUGAAUGGGGCAGUAGAAACAUGUUUUGGGUCAUUCCAUAGAUAUGCACAGUACAUGAAUUUUUCACAUCCCUUGAUCAAGGCAAAAUUUAACCCAAAGGCUUGUGCUUGGGCUUAUGGAAUGAACUUCUUUGAUUUGGAUGCUUGGAGAAGGGAAAAAUGCACAGAAGAGUAUCAUUACUGGCAGAAUCUGAACGAAAAUCGAACCUUGUGGAAACUGGGGACGUUGCCACCAGGCCUGAUUACAUAUUACGCAACAACAAAGCCUUUAGACAAGUCAUGGCAUGUUCUGGGGCUUGGCUAUAACCCAAGCAUCAGCAUGGAUGAGAUUACGAAUGCAGCAGUGGUGCACUUCAAUGGUAAUAUGAAACCAUGGCUUGACAUUGCAAUGACUCAGUUCAAGCCAUUGUGGACAAAGUAUGUUGACUACAAUUUAGAAUUCGUCCAGGCUUGCAAUUUUGGUAUCUAAAUUUCUAAAGCUUCUGCUCUUCGGUUGCUACCAGCCUGCCACUGUAUCUGGUGUCCACUUUAAGCCAUUUGCUGUUUAGUUUUGAUAUCCAAUACUCAUAAGUUUGACAUAAUUUUUAGCUGUUGAAGGAAAAGUAUUGCAUCUUUCCAAGUGUAAUAUAGUUUAGUAUAGCAAUUCUCCUUUCCCUUUAAUUUAUUCUUAAGGUUUUUGUAAUAAUUUGAUUUGAAAGAUGUUGAUCUAGAGGGGGGAAAAAAAGAAAGUUACUAAAUCAAGUAUUGUACCUUAAGCUAUUCAUUUAUCUCAAAGUGAGAAUUAUCAUAUUA